AUGGGGCUUGGCGCGAGCUGCUGUGCAGAAGAAGACCUGACAGAGGGCCCAAAGGAGCCACCAGAGGUCGUCAGCAGCUACACCGACCCGCCCCACUCGGAGGCGGAACCACGUGCUGAAGCCGCCCAUGAGCUGUCGGCUUCGCGUGUUCCCAGCAAGUGGAGCCGACUGCAGCACAUGCGGCACCUUGAGGUGGAUGCAGAGAUCCUGCGGGGCAUUCCACUCCAGGCCUCCCUGCGAUCCUUGGGCGAGCUUUGGCGCCGCUCGCCCGUCGACCUCCACGAACAGGCACGCCUGGGGCUCUACGACCUCUCCGUGCCCGUGGAGGAAUUUGAUGUCUUCCUUUCCCACACCUGGAUGACCCCUGGGAGGUACAAAGUCCUGAGUCUGCUCUUCCAAGCAGGCUGGAAGCACAUGCUGCUUGGGCAAAGUCUGGGCGUUACAGUCGCCGUCGUGCUGAGCAUGCAGCGGUGGCUGCCUUUGCCAUUCGACCUCCCAUCCGACUUCGAAGAGUUGGCCCAUUUAACAUGCCCAUUCUUUCCCUGGUGUCUUCUCAUGGCCUUUGCGGGUUCCUUUCUGGCCCUGAUGUUGGUGCCAUACUGCCCGAGCCUCGGCGGCCGUGAUCCUCUUUGCUUUCUGGACGUGGUCAGCAUCCAUCAGGUCGACAACGAGCUCAUGGAGCGCGGAAUAUACGGCCUCGGUGGGUUUUUGCGCAUGUCGCGGGAGCUGAGGGUACUUUGGUCCGCUCCGUAUCUCUCAAGGUUAUGGUGCGUUUUCGAGCUUGCAGCCUACCGGAUGGCAAACCCGGGCGGGCGCAUCGUCGUCUCGCCGGUCUUUGUGGAAACAGGUGUAUUGCUCACCAUCCUGUUCACAUACUUCGUGGCCCUCCUUUUCUCCAUGAUCACCGUCCUGCAAGAAGUUGCAAGGUUCACGGUCUACGUCAUUUCGCUGACUCCCGUCAUGCUUCUCAUGCACUUGCUGCGUCGAAACAACAUGUCGAAGCAUCAGCUACUCUCAGACCUGCGGCAUUUCGACCUCGAGGAGGCGCAUUGCCGCAACGAGUUUGACCGAGAGUUCAUCCACCGAGCCAUUGUGGAGUGGUACGGGAGCAAGAGCGCCUUUACAGAGUAUGUCCGGGGGCCCUUGCGAGAGGGAUUGCUGCGUAGCAGCAAGUCUACCUUCCCCCUACGGUAUCUCGUCAUGGUGGUCUCAGUGACGUUCUGUACCUCGCUAGACCCCUUGGUGUCCUCGUGGCUUUGUGGCGUGGAUGGACAACUGAUCUUGUCUGAGUUUGUGGCAAGUAGCUUCGGUUUUCACGUUUGCUGGUUUCUGGCAAUGUUGCGGAUUUUGAUUUACCUUUGUGAUCGGUUUGCCGCCCCGAUCUAUCCCGGCAUGCUGGACUAUCUGCAGACCUUAGUGAUAUUUGCUGUUUUCUUCGUCCUGUACUAUGCGGGCCAAGUCGCGAGCCGAGCGGCAUAUACGACCAGCCUGUCGUUGGCCGUUGUGUGGACCUGCCUGGCGGUGUUGGCGGCCAUCCUCGCCUUAUCCUUCUUCGCAGGGAAGAGGCCCUGCAGCGAGAAAGGCAAGGAAAGGACGACAGGCCCGGACUGCCAAGGCCAGGCGCAGGAUAGGGCACCAGUGGCUUGA